GGGGAAAAGGCGGCCGCAAGUUCCGCCUUUAUGUGACGUAUCGCUCAUGCUACGGUACGCCAUUUGUGUCUAGCAACAAAAAGCGCGGACGACGGCGAUAUUGGGAUAAUCAAAGGUGAUUCAUCCAUCAUCAACGUACCCCAAGUUUUGUCAGUUUUAUGUAAAUGGAUUAAGACAUAGAUGAAAACCAAAUACUGACCAUUGAACAAAAUGCCAAAAAGGGGUUGCCAAGAUGUGAAAAUAUAUGAUGAACAACCCAACUCACCCAAAAAGAUUAUGAAGCCUGAAAAAGAAAAUGAAGGACCCACUCAAUGUCUGCAGGCAUCCAAUGAGAAUGAAGACGUGAGUACUCGUUGCUCUGUUUGUGACUUCUCAGCAAAAUGCCCUAGAUCACUGAAGAUUCACUAUUCAAGGAAACAUAAAAAAAGCACAGAUAAAGCUGCAAAACCUGCUGAGGACAAGCAAACUAAUUCCGAUGAUAGCCCAGGUGACGUUCAUAAAGAGACGGACAUGGAGACUGAAAGUUCUGCUGGGUCAAAUCCAGGGCCAGGACCUGAUGGUGUGGGAUCUGUUCCCUCCCAUGAAGAUUGCAAUAAAGUUGCAAUACCAGACACGCAGGCAAAACAAGACCAAUCUGUAUCCAAUCAAGAGAGAAGAGUGAGCAAAAGAACACCAAAACCCAAGAUUAUCUAUUCAUGCAACUAUUGUGGACUUGAAUUUCGGGACAAAUCUCCUCUUGAUGUUCAUGUCAACCGUUACCACAGCAAAGACAGCCCGCGCACACUUGAUGCUGAAGAGUUAAUGGAGGAAGAAGACAAUGCUGAGGACACUGCAAGUCCUUUCAAGAUAACCCCUGAACAAGUGGACCCAAAAGAUACAGGAAACAGAUUUAAAAUGAAGUGUGCAAACUGCGAUUUAAGGGUUUCCACACUUUCCUUCUUGGAGAGUCAUGCUCGCACGAAGCAUCCAGGCCUGGAUUGGUACCGCUGUAAAUUAUGUAACUUCUUUUCUGCGACAUCUGAAUGGAUGGACAGACACCUCAUCUCAGAUAUUCACAAGCAACAUCAGAGCACGCAGGAUAGUGAUUCGCAUUCCUCCACUGAUUGCGUUGAAAGGGUAUCCAAAGGAGAUUGGGGUACAGAUGACAUCGAUGGUGUAGCUCAGGGAAUUCAAGAGGAACUGGAGGCUGCUAAAGUGGUGGUGGAUGAGGAAGACUUGGAAUUUGAGCCUCCAAAACCUAAAAGAGGGAGACCAAAACAAGUGUCUUCGACCAAAUGCGGUUAUUGUGGCUUGGUCGUGUCUAAUGCUACCAACCUCAGUGUCCAUGUCCGCCGCAAACACAGCAAAGAGUAUGUUUACAGGUGUACUCUGUGCUGCUAUAGCUGUGUGACCAAAGGAGACAUUGAUCGCCAUUGUAUCACUAAAAAACACAGGAAACGUGUGCAGCAGAGUGAAAAUAGCAGCCUUGCUCAAAUUCAUGUAGACCCUUCACCACAGGAACUUACAGAUACACAAUCCCCGGAAUCAAAUAAAGCUUCGGAGAGCAGAGAUGUGCAACAGGAAUCACAAGGCUCAAAAAAACACAGUGAAGAAGAGUGUCCAGUCGAAGGAGAAGAUGACUCUGUCGCUUGCAGUCACUGCAAUUUUAUAGCCUGCUCAGUCUCCUCCCUCAAUCUUCACGUGAAACGAAAGCACACGAGAGACUUUGAGUAUGUGUGUUUGGCAUGCAGAUACUAUGCUGUAACAAGCGAGGAAAUGUCUCGCCAUGCCAGUACAGAGAGACAUAAGCAGCGAAGCAAGACGUUCCUGGAACUACAAGAGCGUGGUGGCCAAAAAUCAUUGCCGACCCCUGAAGAACAGAACGAGAUCAUUGAUCCCAGCAGUGCGACGGUUCAUCCUCAAUCUGAACCUUUAAUGCUCCCAGAUAAUCCAAAACUAAAUUCAGAAGAAAGCCCAAAAGAAACAAAACAGGCAUCUUCCGUACUUGUCGAUCACCUUGACGGUGUGGUCGAGUUAGCUGGCAAAGCAAAGGAAAAGGAACCAGAGAGCAUGGAAUCGUCAUGUGGUGAUGAUUGUUCAGGAGGGAAAACAGCACAGUCUGAAGAUAUGGUCCAAGCAGAAAUUGAAGUUGAAGUGGAAAAAUCUCCACCGCACGAAAAAGAUGACAAAUGCACCGAAGGUACCAACCUAGAAACAAGCAGUGCUUCACUUCCAAGGAUGUCCGCCUCCCGACCUUUUGAUACCUGCAUUAUGUCCAUAAAGGCCCUCGAUGAACAGGGGCAGCCAUUGCUGGAGGGCGUUGCUCUCGAAGGCGCGGACGCUGUUAAAGGCUUGACAGGAGAAGCACCAGUGCCCUCUGGGCUCUUGCCCCAUUAUGUCAAAAAGCUUCAGCACAAGCAAGCGAUCGUUGAAGCCAAAGUGAGAAGCGCCCGGAUUCGCUGCGACGACUGCGGCUUUUUGGCGGAUGGUCUCAGCGGCCUCAAUGUGCAUAUCUCCAUGAAGCACCCAACUAAGGAUAAACAUUUUCACUGCAUGGUGUGUGGCAAGUCAUUCUACACUGAGAGCAACCUGCAUCAACACCUGGCCAGCGCUUCCCACAUCCGAAAUGAGCAAAACAGCCUGGAUGAAGGUCUCGACGGCAGAGCGUGCUUCAAGUGUGUCAAAUGCACAGAUCGCUUUGAAACGGAACAAGAGCUGUUCAUUCACAUCAAGGAAAAACAUGAUGAGUUGCUGAGACAAGUCAAUAAGUAUGUGAUCGAGGACACAGAACAGAUCAAUCGUGAGCGGGAGGAGCACCAAGGCAACAAGUGCAAGUACUGUGGCAAGGUGUGCAAGAGCAGCAAUUCCAUGGCCUUCCUGGCACACAUUCGCACACAUACUGGAUCGAAACCCUUUCUUUGUAAAAUCUGCCAUUUUGCAACGGCUCAAUUGGGAGAUGCCAGAAACCAUGUGAAAAGGCAUCUUGGCAUGAGGGAGUACAGAUGCGACAUCUGUGGAUGGGCCUUUGUGAUGAAGAAACACCUCAGCACCCACCUACUUGGCAAACAUGGAAUCGGCCAACGUAAAGAGAGGAAGUUCGAGUGCAAGUUGUGUGAGCGCUCCUUCAGUGAAAAAUGGGCACUAAACAACCACCUGAAACUGCACAGUGGGGAGAAACCUUAUAAGUGUUCUUGGCCGUCCUGCCACUACGCCUUCCUCAACCUGUCAGCAAUGAAAGACCAUUACCGUACACACACUGGUGAAAAGACUUUCCUAUGUGACCUGUGCGGUUUUGCUGGAGGCACACGACACGCUCUCACCAAACACAGACGCCAGCACACAGGAGAGAGACCCUUCAAAUGUAAACUUUGCAGCUUCGCUUCUACCACGCAGUCCCACCUGUCAAGACACAGUCGGGUUCACACUGGGGAGAAACCAUACCGUUGCCCCUGGUGCGAAUACAGAUCCAACUGUGCUGAAAACAUUCGAAAGCACAUCCUCCAUACGGGAAAACAUGAGGGGGUGAAGAUGUACAACUGUCCAAAAUGUGACUACGGCACCAACUCUCCCACAGAGUUCCGCAACCACCUAAAGGAAAGCCACCCCGAUAUUGAGAAUCCAGACCUUGCUUACCUCCAUGCAGGUAUCGUGUCCAAAGCUUUUGAGUGCCGUCUUAAAGGCCAGGGAGCAUCUUUUGUGGAGACAGAGAUUGUGGAGUCUUCUGUAGAGAGGAAGCUCAGUGAUGAAGGAGCUGUCCAGCAGGUCAUCAUCAUCCAAGGCUACGGCGAUGGAGAGGUGGGCGUCGAGCAAACCCUGGAGGAGUCUGCUGCCGCCACCCUGCAGACUCUGGCUAUGGCAGGCCAGGUGACAGAGGUGCUCCACAUCACAGAAGAUGGAGAAGUGAUCGCUUCAGGCAGUGAGGUGACGUCCUCAGGGGCCCAGCUGGCCAGAGGGAGCGCCCAAUAUGUGGUGCUGUCAGCAGGGGAGGCUGUGAAUGAGCUGCAGGACGCAGCUCAAAAAGCAGACGAAGCCUGUGCAGCUGCAGGAAAAGGUCACAUCCUGUCUGAGUCGUCCACUGCUCUGGAUGCCCUGCUCAGCGUUGUGAGCGAGAUGGGCCAGCAGGAGAAAAUGCAGGAAGAGGCGUCAGCCGUUCACGAGGCCAUGUCGACGGCGACGGCCGAGCCGGCGCUAGGUGAAGCGCAGCCUGUGAUCAAGCAGGAGGAGGAGGUGCACAUCAUUAACCAGACGGGCCAGGAAGAGAUGCAGAAUCUGCUGCAGCUAGCAGCCUCGAGGAUGAUAAAAGAAGGUCUCACCCAGGUCAUUGUCAACGAUGAGGGCACCCACUACAUCGUUACGGAGCUGGACAACUGCACCCUACAGGUGGAGGGAGGUGUGUAUGAAGAGGCUGCAGCAGGCGAAACCGAAGAGCAGCAGGCCGAGGGCCGUCACGAUGAUGCCCCGUAAUUGGAGAAGCACCAUUUUGUCUUGGCCAGCAAUUGAAAUUUAGUUUUUCAUCACCACCCCUCAACCUAUCAUUGACUAUACAACAAAGGAAAGAGGAUUUUUUGUAUAAUUGGGUGAAUUUAAAUGUUUUGCCACAACCCAUACAAAGCUUAAUGUCAUGCCACAUUUCUGAAAAUUACUUUUGCAUUUAUUAUCACAUAUUGUAUUUGGCCAUCAGUGGGGUGUCCAUAUGUAAUCUGCUUGUUAGUGUUGCAGUGUAUUGUUGUUUCCCUCCAUUAUCCUUUUGUAUAACAUAACUUCAAGCCUUUGUCUUUUUUUUCUUCUCCUUUUUAUACUUAUUAGCAUACAAUGAGCGACGAACCACUGUUUUGCAUAGUUAAAACCUUAUUGUUGGUUUAUGCAUUGCUGAGGCUCUAUGCUGGCUGGCUACAUUAUGUAGAUGUUUGGAAGGCCGCUGCUUAUUUGUAAGCUCUCUGUGUUCUAAAUUCAUUUUAAUUUCUAACAAUAAACAUUCGAGCCACUUUGAACAAGUGCAUCCAUAGGUUUUCAUUGUUGCCCUGACACUUUAUUGUAGCGUGCGCUGUGAUUGUCAUGUCAUUUCAGCAUCAAUACGGCAAUUACGUUCACAGCACUGCGCCGUCCAGUGAGAAACCUCCAUGCACAUACAUGCAUUUACUGAUAGCUCCCAUCAUGCUUUGUGAUCACUAACACAGUCAUUAUCAUCACCAUUAUCAUUAUCACCACAAUGAUCACCCUAAUCGCCAUCCUCUCUUCCUUUCCCCCCAUCAGGCCUAUUCCCUUCAUUGCGUGUAAUACACUCAUCGUUUCCCCCCUCGAUGCAGUAUUUGGCACUGGAGGGAGAAUCAAUAUUCAUUUAGGCCGCUACACAGGCCUGUAGUUUCUGAUGGAGUGAGUGGGAGAGCAGUAUGACGGCUGUGAGCACAAUGGCUGACCGCUAAAAGUAGAGGGAGAAAGCACUCAAACACUACGAGGGCAUCAAAAGAUCAUCCCUUUAACACCAACACACACACACUGAGCGAGUGAGGAGGUGGGCUGAGAGAGAAAGUGGUGGACGAGUGGGCAGGAGAAAUGAGAGGAUUUCAGAUGGAUGUUGAGAGAGGUGAAGCCACACAGAAGUGGAAGAGCAGUAAAGCCCACAAACACACAUGGAGCCUGCAAUUUCACAAAACACCCGUCUGCUUUUUCAACCUGUCUUCUGUUCUCACGCUCAUACAGCAUUUCAUAAAGUCACACUUUAUAUUCUUUUUUUCCCCUCGCCCUCCUCUUUCAGCAAAGACCCUGCGCAUUUAUCAGAGGUCAUGCACAUCCAAUGUUUUAACAGCCACUGAGUGGAGGAAUCACAUUUGAAUGCUCAACAUUUACACAAUGUUGGAUUGGUAUAAAGCACUCAAGUUUGUGACUUUUAGUCCGCAAAGGUUGACCAUAUAUAUAAGAUCUGAAUUGAAAAGGAUUGCAAGUUCAAAACAGAUAAGUCAGUUCAAUUUUAUUUUGAAAGUAUUUUAGCAACUCGCUGAGGUUCAGAUGACAAAAGAAAAUCAGGAGAGAAAUAUGAUUAUUGAUAAUAUUCCUGAGAAAGUAUACGAGCAUUAUUAUUAUGUAAAGGGGAUAUUAUCGGUACAUACCGUAAUUUACGGACUACGUUUUCCCAUGUUUGGAGUUUGAACCCUGCUGCCUUUAAUGCGAUGCGGUUAAUGUCUGAAUUUUUAUUGACAAGCUUCAUCUUGCCAGUAAAUUUAGCAUUUCUGUGUGUCAAUCAAAGCGGAACCUAGUGAAACAGGUUUUAUGCCCUCCGCUGCAAACUUUGCUGAUGAUCUUGCUCUAAAUAUGGACGCCUGUCUGUUCAUCUGCGCAGUUAUUAUUCUCCACGUCUGACUGAGUGAUUGUGUGCUGUAUUGUAUGCAUAUCCACCUUCUCUCCCUGUCUAUAUCUCCGUAAUCAGUGCAGGAUGUCUCGUUAUUAACUGCAGCAGACCACUUGUGUGACACGGAGGAGGGAGAAAUUAGCAGCUGUCACCCAGUGAUGAGUUAAUUUCCUGACAGGCUUUCGGCUGCAAAUGACCAGACGGCUGAUGGAAACCUGCCGCUGAAGUUUAAUUGGAGAGCAGGAAAGGGCAGCGGGGGACAAGGGGGGUCGGGGAAUGAGAGACGAGCGUGACAAAGUACAGACGAGGCUGCAAAUGAUGCACGGUAAAAGUAUUUUGUUCAAGGAUGACUAAUCAGGAAGCGACUCUUUUGUUGGAACGGACUUUGCUGUUCUCUGCGAAUGUAAGCCACAAAAACACACUGUUGGGAAAGAUGUUGAAGUGUAAAAGCUUUUUUUUCAUUGAGUUCCACAUCCAGAAGAUCCAGUCGCGCAAUUCCCACAAUGCCUGAGAAAUUUUUUGUUUCCUUACCCUGCUUCUGUACGAUGGGCAUUACAACCAAUUGUUUGAUCUACCUGGUCUCAUCCAUAAUUUUAUCUUUAAUCUUAUUUUUAAAACCUUGGGUUGUGAAUAGCAGUCAUGGUAGUACUAUGAUAAUUAUGGAGUAUUUUCUUUCUGAACUAUUUUUGGAGAAGUUUUAUUCAGCUUAUCUUGAGCAAGAUAUAAGAGCUUUGCUGUUCAGUUGAAGUUUUCUGUUUUGUUUUUUUACAUAGGAUAAACAAUACAGCAAUCCCUCGUUUAUUGCAGGAAGUGCGGUCGAGAUCUACCCGCAAUGAACGAAGACUCGCGAAAUCGAAACGAUAUCUGUAUUUCUAUUUAUACACCAUUGUAAUGAAACUUCCAACACUGUUUCUUGUUGGCCGUUAGGGGACAUGGGUGUAUUGCAAGUCAAUUGGGGAGUGGUUUUAUUGCCUAGCUUUGCAAAGUGUGCACCUUCAGAAUUACCACGCUACACUAACCCAGGGGACAUCAUGCACAGCGAAACCAAAAUGAGUCACGCAUGAAUCUCCUGUUGCAUUGUGGUCCAGUACACAAUAUUAAGGCCUUUUGAAUCCUCCCCAAUACUUUUACGCUGCAUAAACCUUUCCCAUUCCCUUAAUUACCAUUCCCACACUGUAUUGUACCUUUACAGUAAAUAAAAGAACAAUCACGUGAUAUUGUUACGUGUACCAACUCCUUCUGCACCAGUUGGUGCGCGUGGCCAGCUGCCGCAUCCUGCACUUGAACUCAGUUACGUCCACAGUGACGCACAUUGCUCAGAGGCACGCCCCGCGCGAUCAGGGCUCAUUGCCACUGUCCCAACUCCUAUCAGCAUGUAUUUGAACGCCGCUCUCCCGUCACUUAUAAACCCGCAUAAGUAGCACAUUCGGGAAAGAUGAAGCGCGAAGUGGUGAGAGAUCACUGUAUUGUUUAGUUUUUUAAUACUUUACUUUGAUACUCACUUUGAAGUGUUUGCCUUGCUUUCUUACAGUGUAUAUAAGUCAAAACUAAACCAUUUUGGGAAAAUAAGUUAUUUUCAGUUCAACAUGUAAAUGGGGCCCCGAGUAGCAACAAGAGAAAGUAAAUUGCUGUGGUUGCAUUUUCAUCCUGAUUUUAAUCCCCCGACUUAACAUCCCUCCCACAUUUUGACUGGAAUCAAUUAUAUUGUUUUUUCCGAUAACCCUUAUAAAUCAUCAUUUCUGUCAGUGUGAUAUAAAAUGACCACUUAUGUGUGGAAAAAACUUGAAUUUUCUUCUGAUAUUAAAUCUAAUUUGAACUGGUAUACAAGCACAAGCAAAACCAAAGAGCUAAUUUUCGACUUCAAGAGAAGCAGGACCACCUCUAAGCCAGUUUCACAAAGCACCACAAAGUCAUCAAAGUGAUACAUUGACAAUUCAUGGUUAAGGUCUAAUUCAGCCUCCAAAUUUGGAGCCGGGCAGCAGAGGGACAUAGUGGUUAGCACAUCUGCCUGAUAGUCAAGACAUUGUGGGUUUGAAUUCUUCCUAUGUGUCCUCUGCAUCAUUUCUCAAUUUUUUUUCAUUUUUAAAUACAUUUCCAAAGUAGACUUUAUUUCUACUUAGAAUACGUAUCUGGAUC